CCAGCCGUCCAACCCUUGGACUUCAAUAAGUGUUAUAUAACAGCUGAACUUUUAUUUGCGCUUCUCUCUUCGCUUCAGUCACUUCUCCACGAGUGCCGGAAGGUUCGCAGGUUCACGGAUUUAUCAGUCUUGGAAAAAAAUAACCAACAAUCAUGGGUGAUAGAGUUGUGCUGCACUAUUUCAAUGGGAGAGGGAAGAUGGAGUCUAUUCGCUGGCUUUUAACAGUCGCAGAAGUCGAGUUUGAUGAGAAGUUUUUGGACACCCGCGAAGAGUAUUUAAAACUCGUAAAUGAUGGAAAGCUCAUGUUUCAACAGGUGCCAUUGGUGGAAAUCGAUGGCAUGAAGCUCAUUCAGACAAAAGCCAUCUUAAAUUACCUCGCUGAGAAGUACAACAUGCAUGGAAAGGACCUCAAAGACCGUGUCAUGAUCAACAUGUACUCCGAGGGACUGAUUGACCUCAUGGAAAUGAUUAUGGUGCUGCCCUUCAAUCCAGACCCCACAGCCAAACUGGAAGAGAUUGAGAAAAAAGCAAAGGAACGCUACCUUCCUGUGUUUGAAAAGGCUCUGACCGGACCCGUGUACCUGGUGGGAGGCAAACUAAGCCUUGCAGAUGUGCUGCUGGUUGAAUGCACCCUGAUGCUGGAGGAGAAAUUUGCUGGGAUUCUCAAAGAAUUCUCUGCUGUUAAGUCUUUCCAGGGCAGGAUGAUCAGAAUCCCUGCCAUCAACAGGUUUCUGCAGCCAGGCAGUAAGAGGAAGCCACCCCCGGGUGAAAACUAUGCAAAGGCUGUCAUAGAAGUCUUCCAGAUCAAAGCCCUAAAAAACAAAAAGAAAACAGCAACAACAGCCAUGUCUGAAAAACCUGUGCUUUACUAUUUCAAUGGGAGAGGGAAGAUGGAGUCAAUCCGCUGGCUUUUAACUGUUGCAGAAGUCGAGUUUGAUGAAGUGAUUCUGACAACUCGGGAGCAGUAUGAAAAACUCCUUAAUGAUGGGGCGCUCAUGUUUCAACAGGUCCCUUUGGUGGAAAUGGAUGGCAUGAAGCUCAUUCAGACAAAAGCAAUCCUGAAUUACAUCGCAGAGAAGUACAAUCUGCAUGCAAAGGAUCCCAAAGAACGAGUCAUGAUCAACAUGUAUUCUGAGGGAUUGAUAGACCUCAUGGAAAUGAUUAUGAUACUCCCCUUCACCCCAGAUCCCAAACCCAAAUUGGACAACAUUCAAAGCAAAGCGAAGGAGCGAUACCUUCCUGUGUAUGAAAAGGCUCUGACUGGACCCGUGUACCUGGUGGGAGGUAAACUAAGCCUUGCUGAUGUGCUGCUUGUUGAAUGCACCCUGAUGCUGGAGGAGAAAUUUCCAGACAUUUUGAAAGACUUCCCCAAUAUCAAGUCCUUUCAGGGCAGGAUGACACAAAUCCCCGCCAUCAGCAGGUUUCUGCAGCCGGGCAGCAAGAGGAAGCCGCCGCCAGAUGAAAAAUACUUGAAAAAUGUUGUGGAAGUCUUAAACCUCAAGUUGCCACUUUAAGAAAAACGCUACAAAAGAUCUGUUACAUUCCUCAUUAGGCAGCGUGAUUAUGAUCAGUUACAUCUAAAAUCAGUUACAUAUAAAAUCUUAAUUAGUUUAAAGGACAAGCAACACAAUAAGAGUUAAGAGGCAGAUAAUCAUUUACCUGCCUCUUAACUCUUAUUGUUAAGAGGCAGGUAAAUACGUGAAGAUAGACGAGGCACCAACACAACAACAUGGAAAGAACUUCUGUAAUCUUCUUUAGCAAUAAAUACAUUUGACAGAAA